AUGAUCAGUACUUGUCCGUGCCAGAACCAGGCUUUUUUCCAGCAGUGGUGGGAAGAUCAGAGUGAAGCAAUGCAAAACACAUUCAGAACUCUUGUCAGCUCGGGUGAACUAGAAAUGAUAAAGGAAGGAUGGAAAAGACUAUUUAAACGUCGAGGCAUGUCUUAUGUGGGUGUAUAUGAAGUGAAGGAAGUCAUUAUAUUUGAAUGUAUGGCCUUGAGGAAGAAGUUCAAAGACAAAAUGUCUAAGUUCCAAACUUUAAGAGAAAACAUCCACCAAGAGUAUCGCGAAGUUGUCGAGAGGAAAAAUGUUGAUGCAAAUAAGAGACCUAUCAUUCCCAUUCAUCGACCUGUCACUAGGAAGCUUGCAGCACAAAUGGCUGCAAUCAACAGCAGUAAUCUAUCAAGCAAAUCUGAGAAUUUCUUCUCCUGCCCGUGCUUCCGUAUCUCCCAAAUUCAUAUUGUCACCGCCGCCGCUGAAAAGAUUCUGGAUACUGAUUUUGGACUCCCUCGAGUACCACUUGCGAGUAAAGAAGUGGUGGCUAAGCUUCCAGUUACUAUUGUUACAAAAGAUGUGUUGGUGAAGCUGGGGGAAGAUGCCGUUUGUUCCAUUUGCCAGGAGAAUUUGGUUGCAAACGAUAAGAUGCAAGAGUUACCUUGCAAGCAUAUGUUUCAUCCUCCUUGCCUUAAGCCAUGGCUGGAUGUGCACAAUUCUUGUCCAAUCUGUCAGCACGAACUGCAAACUGAUGAUCAUGCCUAUGAAAAUUGGAAGGAGAGGGAAAAAGAAAAUGAACUUUGUGCAGCCAACAAGGGAAAAAGACAUCAGUCCGCUGUCUGCCACGUGUCAUCAUAUGAUUGGUCCAUACUGACCAAUAGCGUUCCUCAAGACGAUCCGUCCGUUCGUUCAAAUUAA